UUUCCUCUCGCUGCAUUUCGAAUCGGAUUCUCUCUUCUUUCUCUCUCACUCUUUCUCUCUCUCUAAAACACACACACGAGAAUGGAGGAGGAGAAGAGUUUGAGUGCGAUGGGGGAGAGCAACGGAGACGUCUCCUCCUCUUCCCCCUCCGUGGUGAACGACAAAGGCCUUGCCAGAGCACAAUCUAUGCCCCAAGGACUGGAGAAAGCUGAAACCUCCGAGGCGUCAGCUGCAUCAAAAUUGGGAAGGUCAAGAACAGAAAGACGUAAGCAGACUACGCGUGAUGAUCGUGUAUUCCAAUUAUUUGAUGAUAAGAUUUCUGCUAAAAAGAAGCUAAAAAUGUUGAAUCGAAUAGCUACACUUGGUGAUGACGGAACCAUAAUUGUUGAUGUCCCAAGUGAUCUGGAAGCUGCAUCACUAAUCCACGGUGCUGAAGAAGUUUAUGGUGAAGCAGUUGAACAACUAGUGGACUUGACAGACCUCCAAUACAGACCUCCCAUGCAAGUAGUUAUACUUAUUGUUGGUACAAGAGGAGAUGUGCAGCCAUUUGUUGCUAUUGGGAAACGUUUACAGGAUUUUGGACAUCGUGUUAGACUAGCUACACAUGCCAACUUCAAGGAGUUCGUUCUGACUGCUGGGUUGGAAUUCUACCCUCUAGGAGGAGAUCCGAAAGUUCUUGCUGGAUACAUGGUAAAGAACAAGGGAUUCUUAACGUCAUCUCCAUCAGAGAUACAAAUUCAACGCAAACAGAUCAAGGAAAUUGUAUUUUCCUUGCUUCCGGCUUGCAAGGACCCGGACAUUGAUUCCGGUAUUCCGUUCAGAGCAGAUGCCAUCAUUGCCAAUCCCCCAUCGUAUGGACAUACCCAUGUGGCAGAGGCUUUGAAAGUACCAAUUCAUGUAUUUUUUACAAUGCCUUGGACGCCCACUAGUGAAUUUCCGCAUCCUCUUUCUCGCGUCAAGCAACCAGCUGCUUAUAGGCUUUCGUAUCAAAUUGUUGACACUACGAUUUGGCUUGGAAUACGGGACAUAAUUAAUGAUUUCCGGAAAAAGAAGUUAAAGUUGCGACCUAUCACGUACCUAAGUGGUCCACAUUCUACUGAGGACAUCCCUUAUGGAUAUAUCUGGAGCCCACAUCUUGUACCUAAACCAAAAGAUUGGGGUCCCAAGAUUGAUGUAGUUGGUUUUUGUUUCCUUGAUCUUGCAUCAAAUUAUCAACCUCCUGAAUCACUAGUGAAAUGGCUUGAAUCUGGUGAAAAGCCUAUCUACAUCGGAUUCGGUAGCCUUCCAGUUCAAGAACCAGAAAAGAUGACUAAAAUCAUUGUUGAGGCACUUCAAAUCACUGGACAGAGAGGCAUCAUCAACAAGGGCUGGGGUGGACUAGGGGAUUUGGCAGAACCAGAAGAUUUUGUAUAUCUGCUGGACAAUGUCCCCCAUGAUUGGCUUUUCUUGCAGUGUAAGGCGGUGGUGCAUCAUGGCGGUGCUGGAACAACUGCUGCUGGCCUCAAAGCAGCGUGUCCAACUACUGUAAUACCGUUCUUUGGCGACCAACCAUUUUGGGGAGAUCGGGUGCAUGCUCGAGGGUUAGGGCCCCCGCCCAUACCUGUUGAAGAAUUUUCACUGGAAAAGUUGGUCGGUGCGAUAAAGUUUAUGCUGGAUCCUCAGGUGAAAGAGCGAGCUCUCGAGUUGGCGAAGGCAAUGGAAACAGAAGAUGGCGUGACCGGGGCGGUGAAAGCAUUCUUCAAGCAUCUCCCCUCCCAAUUGCCAUCUCGGCAUUCUCCGCCGCCGUCGAGCUCUGUGGAUCCUUUUCUGGGUCCCUUCAGGAGAUGUUUGGGUUGUUUGCCUGAUUCUUGACAUCUUUCUUUCUUAAAUCUAUUAUUAUCCGUGCCGACGGACAAUUUCAGAGAAGAGAAAAAAAAAAAGAAGAAAAAUUUAUUAUACUCCUGACGGUGAAUUGAUAUUUUAAGAGCUAUAUGUUUUUUAAGAGCUUUGUUAUUGGUAGAGCAAAAUAGAUGAAACUUUAUCACCAGUCUCUGCAAUAAUCUGCUUCUAGUAUCUGCAAAAUGCCAAAAGAAAAAUAUGGAGAUGCUUUUAUUGCAAAAGGAGACUCUUUUGGUUUCUGCACUAAGAACAAACAAUAUAGGGAUGUCAAUGGGUACAGAUACAAGUAAUUUUAUCCGACCCCGAAUCCAAACGGGGCAGGUUUAUCCGAUGUUAAAUGAAUAUGGUUUUGAA